AUGGUUAUCGAUUCAAACCACCACGAUCCUACGAAUUGGUGUAUACCUGGUAUUGUGUUAAAGUCCGCUCUGAUGGAAGAAAGCCGACCGAUUCCGAUGUUCAGAUGUGAACAAAUCGAAAGCGGUAAACUUGCCAAAGAGUGGCAGGAGUGGAAGAGCUCAUUAGAGUAUUAUUUUGAAGCAAGCCAAGUUCAUGAUCAGAAAAUGAGGCGUUCCAAGAUGUUGCAUCUGGGCGGGCCACAGCUGCAACGGGUUUUUAAUACGCUGGAGGGAACUGAAGAUUUUCCGCUGGUGUUGCUAGAAAAGCGUUGGUAUGAUGUCGCAGUGGAACGUUUGGAUGCAUUCUUCAAACCGCGCAAGCAGGAUGUCCUCGAACGACACCGGCUACGAAGCAUGAAGCAGGGGCCGAACGAACGUUUUUCACAUUAUGUCCUACGUUUGCGCCAGCAACUGAAGAACUGCGGGCUGGAGAAAUAUUCCCAGGAGGUGAAGAACGUCAUGGAAGAAAUUAUGUUGGUUGAUGUAAUAGUUGAGGGCUGUAACUCCAAUGAGCUACGACGAAAAAUUCUCGAGAAAGAUCAGUCGUUGGGUGAUAUCGAGGCACUGGGAGAGUCAAUAGAGAGCGUUCGCGUACAAGAACAGGAACUAAAGAUCGAGAAAAGGGGCAUUGAAUCAACAGAAGUUUGCAAGGUGCAGAGCUCCGUGAAAACGAGAAAAGAGCGUAGGGAAGAAAAGGUCAUCAACCGAUUUCCAACCGUUUCAUCGACCUACAAAGAUUCAAGGAUUUGUUUCGCCUGCGGUCGACAGGGGCACAUGUCAAAAUCCCCUAUGUGCCCCGCGAAGGAUCAGAUCUGCCGGCGGUGCAAGAAACCCGGACAUUUUGAAAAUGUCUGCCGCAAGCAUCCUUCUGAUUUUCGACACCCGGCGCCCCCAAAGAAAGUGCAAAUAGUUGAAGAUAUUGCCGACCAUGCUUCUGAAACUCUGCAUCAGGAGUUGCAACCCGAGCCCCAACCAGCAUCUCAAUCGAGGCCUUAUCGCACUGCAGCCGAACGAAAAGUGUACUACACCUUCUAUACCGGAAGUGAUACGAAUGUUUUCGCCUGUACUAUCGGCGGAGUGAAGACUGAGGUAUUCAUUGAUUCUGGAUCAGAUGUCAAUUUGAUCACAUCGGAUACCUGGGAGAAACUGAAGGCGCAGCAGAUCGUUGUAUCGAAAUGCCAAAAGGGUAGCUGCAAGGUUCUGAAAGCGUACGCAUCAAGCAAGCCACUGACUAUUCUGGGGACUUUUCAAGCAGUCAUCGAAAUCGGAAAGCGAUCUGUGGAAGCGGAAUUCAUGGUGGUGCAAAACGGGCAGCGGAAUUUAUUGGGCGAUACGUCUUCGAAGCAGUUAGGAAUCCUGAAGAUUGGUUUGGAGACGAACCAAGUGUCAAACGUGGAAGGAAAUGAUUCUCCGUUCUCCAAGAUAACCGGGAUGAAAGUUCGACUUUCUAUGGACCCAAAGAUCACUCCAGUGUUCCAACCGUUACGGCGAAUCCCAAUUCCUUUGGAAGCAGCAGUUAAUGAAAAGCUGGAUGAACUGCUACGCAGAGAAAUCAUCGAACCGAAACAAGGUCCGGCUACUUGGGUAUCGCCGUUGGUGGUUGCCAACAAGACGAACGGUACUAUUCGACUUUGUGUUGACUUACGCCGAGUCAACCAAGCUGUGAUUCGUGAGAGGCACCCUAUGCCUAUUAUCGACGACGUGCUGGCAAAAAUCGGAAGAGGAAAGGUUUGGAGCGUCCUUGACAUCAAAGAUGCAUUCUUCCUACUGGAGCUAGAAGAGGAAUCAAGAGACAUCGUGACAUUCAUCACACAUCGAGGGCUUUACCGUUUCACACGGCUACCGUUUGGCCUCGUGUCGGCCCCAGAAAUAUUUCAACGAAAGAUGGACGAAAUUCUGGCCGACUGCGAGGGCACAUACUGGUAUUUGGACGAUGUCGGCGUAGAAGGGAGCAGUGUUGAAGAACACGAUUUGAGAUUGAAGAAGGUUCUAGAAAGAUUUGAAGAAAAAGGCGUAAUUCUUAAUUGGGAAAAGUGCAAGAUACGGGUAACGGAUUUCGAAUUCCUUGGAUAUAAUAUCAAUCCGCAAGGAAUUUUGCCUUCGGAUUCGAAACGAGAUGCGAUUAUGUCGUUUCGCCAGCCACUGAAUGAAAAUUUGGCUUCUCAGGACGAACCUCUUCGCCGACUAACCCAGAAAGGUGUGAAGUUCCAGUGGGGCGAAAAAGAAGAAUCUGCAUUUCAUGCGGUAAAGCAGAGCUUGGUGAAUGCGCAAAGGUUAGGUUUCUACAAGCAUGAAGAUAGAACAUCUGUCAUUGCCGAUGCAAGCCCUUAUGCUUUAGGCGGAGUACUCAUCCAAACUGAUACAAAUGGGAAUUCGCGUGUCAUCUGCUAUGCUUCCAAGUCACUGACGGACACUGAGAGAAGGUACUGUCAGACCGAGAAGGAAGCACUAGCACUUGUUUGGAGUGUAGAAAGAUUCCAGGUCUAUUUAAUUGGCAAGGAAUUUAACCUAUUGACUGAUUGCAAAGCGUUGAUUUUUCUCUUCACUCCUGCGUCUCGUCCAUGUGCACGCAUCGAACGUUGGGUACUCCGACUCCAGAGCUUUCAAUACAAUAUCGUGCACAUCUCAGGACAAACCAACAUUGCCGAUGUUCUAUCUCGCCUGUCAACAUUUGUUCCAACGCCGUUUGAUGAAACAGAGGAGAUGGUAGUAUACGAGGUUGUCACAGCCGCUGCAAAGAUGGUUGCCCUCAAAUGGGAGGAGAUAGAGAACAAAAGUCGUGAUGAUCCUGAGAUUUUGGAGGUUAGCGAUGCGUUAAAAUCAGGUGCUCUCGACGAUCUACCGUUGGCGUAUAGAGUUAUUUCGUCAGAGCUGUGUAUGGUGAGCGAUGUGCUAUUACGGGGCGAUAAGAUAGUGAUUCCCAAAAUUCUACGCGAAAGAGUCUUAAGGCUGGGCCACGAAGGCCACCCGGGUAUUAGGAUCAUGAAAGCGAACCUACGAGGGAAUGUUUGGUGGCCGAAAAUAGAUCAGGAUGUUGAGAGAUUCGUGAAGGCAUGUCGAGGAUGUUCAUUAGUCUCAGCACCAAAUGUUCCAGAACCGAUGAUGAGGAAGGAGCUCCCAUCAAGAGUAUGGGAACAAAUUGCUGUGGAUUUUCUUGGUCCGCUACCAAACGGGGAAAAUUUGCUGGUUUGUGUGGACUACUACAGCAGAUAUAUGGAAGUGGUUGAAAUGCUGGAAAUAUCCGCAUCAUCUACCAUCAGAGAGCUACUGACGAUAUUUUCACGUUAUGGAGUACCUGAUAUCCUUCGAGCUGACAACGGACCACAGUUUGCUUCAGAAGAGUUUCGAGAUUUUUGCGAUGAGUUUGGUAUCCACCUGGAGAGAACUAUACCUUACUGGCCACAGAUGAAUGGAGAGGUGGAGCGGCAAAAUCGAUCGAUUUUGAAGCGCUUACGCAUAGCCCAAGAGCUUGGCCAGGACUGGAAACAAGAGCUACGCAGGUAUCUGAUGAUGUACCACUCAUCUAAUCACACGACAACCGGGAAAACUCCUGCAGAGCUGAUGUUUGGCCGCAAUUUGCGAACAAAAUUACCUUAUGUUCCAGCAACAACGAUCGACACCGAAGGAGUUAGGGAUAGGGACAAAUUGGAAAAAGAAAAGGGAAGGGUGUAUGCGGAUAGCAAACGAAGAGCCAGACCAAGUUCUAUUAAAGUGGGUGAUCAUGUACUAGCUAAACGGAUGAGAAAGGACAAUAAACUAAGCUCAGACUUUGGUCCGGAAGAAUUCAAGGUAGUUCAGAAGAAGGGUACGGAAGUAGUGAUUCGUUCGACUGAUUCAGGCAAAGAGUAUAGGCGGAGUGCUGCUCAUCUGAAAACGAUAUCAGCUCCAUUACACGAGAAGGUAGGUCAAAGUCCUGAAAUAUAUGUUCAGCCCAAUGAACAAGUUGAAAGGGCCAUGGAUCAAUUUGAAGAACCAGGAGAUGUUCCAUCAGAGGUAGCUAGGACUUCUAAGAGAGUAAGAAAGGAAUCGAAGUUGCUUAAGGACUAUGUAACGUACUGA